AUGGCAGCUCCUACGCAACUUGCUUACCGUACGCUCAAGGGCAUUGGCCUCAUGGAUGCCGCCCCUGUCUAUGAGCCUCUAGCGGGAUUCGUGAGACCAGAGGGCAACCUCCGCUGUAGCGCCUACUCGCCCUGUGGCCGAUACUACGCCUGGGCUUCGCCCGAAAAGGUCACCAUCAUCGACCCCUCCGUUGGCCAUGUCGUCGGGACUAUCCCCGCCGAAAACGUGUUUGAAUUGGGUUUCUCCCCGCUCGGCACCUACGUGAUCACCUGGCAGCGUACGUCUAAGGAUGCGAACGGAGACGCCGUUAAGAACUUGAAGGUGUGGCGUGCCAUUGAGGCCGGAGACGAGCACUCGGUCGUGGGUAGUUUCGUCCAGAAGUCGCAGACCGGAUGGAACCUGCAAUACACCGCCGAUGAGAAGCUGUGCGCCCGCACUGUGACCAACGAGGUCCAGUUCUACCAGAGCGAUAACCUGUCCACUGUCUGGAACAAGUUACGCGUGGAGGGUGUUACGGACUUUGCGUUGUCGCCCGGCCAGACCCAGUCGAUUGCGGUGUUCAUCCCCGAGCGCAAGGGUCAGCCUGCUCAGGUCAAGGUGUUCAUCGUUCCACAGUUCACUGCGCCUGUCUCCCAGAAGAGCUUCUUCAAGGGUGACAAGGUUCAGUUGAAGUGGAACGCUUCCGGAACUACCUUGAUCGUGCUUGCGCAGACUGAAGUGGACCGUACUGGCAAGAGUUAUUACGGCGAGACUACUCUGUACUUGCUUAGCGCCAGUGGUGCAUUUGACUCGCGCAUUGACCUUGACAAGGAAGGACCUAUUCACGAUGUCAGUUGGAACCCCAACUCCAAGGAGUUUGGUGUUGUAUACGGUUAUAUGCCUGCUAAGACCACCAUCUUCAACUUCCGCGGUGUUCCCAAGCACAACUUCCCCCUUGCUCCUCGCAACACCAUCCAGUUCUCGCCACAUGGCCGCUUUGUGCUGGUUGCCGGUUUCGGUAACCUGGCAGGACAGAUGGAUCUCUACGACAUGGACAAGAACUACCACAAGAUCACCACCGUCGAGGCUUCCAACGCCAGCGUGUGCGCCUGGUCCCCCGAUGGACAGUACAUCUUGACCGCAACGACCAGCCCCCGCCUGCGUGUCGACAACGGCGUGCGCAUUUGGCACCUGAGCGGCAAUCUCAUGUACAACGAAGAAAUGACCGAGCUGUACGACGUCACCUGGCGCCCACAGACCAUUGAUCAGCACCCACUGGGCGAGCCGCUCACCAAGCUUCCGGUACCCCACCCCUCCGCAACAGCUUAUAUGGGCACGCGCAAGGCCCCCGUCAAGCCCGCGGGCGCCUACCGUCCCCCCGGUGCCCGCGGUCAGUUGACUCCCCUUGCAUUCAAGCGUGAGGACGAAGGUGGUGCCGCCUUUGUCCGCGAAGGUGUGCCCGGUGCCAGCAUGAACGGCUUUGGCAAGCCCCGCCGUCGUGAGAUCCCCGGUGCUGAGCCCUCGGAGGAGUACCUGCCUCCCGGAGCCGCUCCCGGCGGUGGGGUUGCUCUGCCUACUGAGAACCUGUCCAAGUCUGCCGCGAAGAACAAGAAGAAGCGCGAGGCGGCCAAGAAGGCCAAGGAAGACGGUGUUGACGCCACCCCCGCCAACGCCCCUGCCAAUGCCCCUACUGGCCCCAGCCCUGACCGCCGCAACCGCAACAAGAACACUCCUAACGGAAACGGUGCUGCCAAGGCUGCUUCUGCUUCUGCCCCUGUUGCUGCUGCUCCUGUUGCUGCUUCUGCCCCCGCCCCUGCGCCUGUCGAGGAUCCCUCUGCUCAAGAUAAGAAGAUCCGCGGCCUUUUGAAGAAGAUCCGCGCUAUCGAUGAGCUUAAGAUGCGUCUUGCAGGCGGUGAGAAGCUGGAGGAUACACAGAUGAAGAAGAUCCAGACCGAGGAUGCGGUGCGGAAAGAGUUGUCCGGUGUUGGAUAUGAUGGUUAA